CAGGCUAGUGCUUUUAUGUUUUGUUUUGAAAAUGAAAUUCGGCAAGAUGGCGUGAAAGUUGCGAGGACAGAAAAAGAACCGUCCUGGAAAUUCCUAAUGUAAUCCUGAAAUGGCUUCUGUUAAUGAUUUGAAAAAGGAAGUAGAUCGGUUAACAUUUGAUAUACAACAAGCCUGUCAAGAGAAAAUACAAGCAGCUGAGUAUGGUCUGGCUGUGUUAGAAGAAAAACAGGAGCUUCAGGAUAAAUACGAUGAGUUAGAAACGUGUUAUGAGAAUAGCAAACAUGAAUUGACUCAAGUAAAAGAGCAAUUGGAGCUUUUAAAGUCAAAGAAUGAGUCACUUGCACAAAAAGUUGAACACAAGCAAGGUAAUUUGGUGCAUGAAAGCUCCACACGAGAAUCUGCCUUCGCCACAAAGAUUGGCAACCUGCAAAUUGAAUUAAAAAGCGUGAAGAAACAGGAGCGCAACGCACGCCGUGAAAAUGAUAUCAACAAGCAGCAACUAAUGCAACUUCAGAAAGAGUUUGAGAAAGUCAGUGAACAAAAAGAACAGCUUAUCUACGAAACAAAAGAUUUAAAACUUAGGGAGUCUAGAUUUAAUGAAGAAUAUAAUGUACUUGAAGAAGAAAACACGGCGUUGCAAAAAGCUGUUUCGAAAUUAAAGCAAACUCUAGUAGAAUUUGAAGGGCUGAAAGUUGAAAACAAAAGUCUGCUGGAUGAGGUGGAUAGCUUGCAACUACAACUGCAAAUGACGACAGAUGCAAGAGAUCAAUUUGAGAAGCAGUUACACGAAGCCUUAGAAACAGUAAAGGAGCAGCGUGAACGAAACACACAACAUCAAAAACAAAUACACGACCUUAAACAGAAGUCCAUCUUAAAAAGCUGGGAAAUCGAGUGCGGUGAGAUUAAAUACGCAAAUGAAUCGGAACACCCUAUUGUAAAACAGAUUACAGAGGAGUAUAAGACACAGCAGCCAGCCCCUUCGCCCGGUUUGGUCGACGACUUGAUGAAGGAAUUGCAAUUUAGCGAACUGCGUGAUUUAGAAGAACAACUUCGCGUUGUAAAAGACGAGAAAGAUGAUUUAAUGGAACAACUCCAAAAGAAAAGUUAUUCUGCCGAACACGUUGUAGCGGAGGCGUCACAACUUUGUCGACGCACUUCGAGUGACUAUUCUGAGGAAGAAGGCGACGAAUACACGCUUAAUAACCAGCUGAAAGAAUUAUCCGAUUUAAAAGAAACGGUCAAGCAGUGUAAAAACCGGGAAACGGUGUAUGAAAUGGAAAUAAAACGUUUAACAGAUGAGCUUGACGAAAUGAAGGAACUACUGCUCGAUGUGGAGAACGAGAAGAAUUCGGUUAUGGAGAACUCUAAGGGUGAAAGCAAACACUUGUCCGAGGAUUUGCUUCAAGUGAAAUCAAAACUUCGAGACUCCGAGAACACGAUAAAAACAUUGAAAGAAGAUUUGAAGAUGUUAAAGGAGGUUGCUGGUGAGGCACAGGGCAGCUUGAAUUGCACACAAGAUGAAUUGAAAUCGGUGAGCAGUGCUUUAUUUAAAUUGCAACAGCACGUUUGUGUCAUCAACGGGGAAGACUCAAAAACUAUUUCGCCACCAAGCGCCAUUAAAAAAGAAUCACAAGAGAACUCCCCCGACCGAGGUACUCCGACGUUGUGUUUCAAAUUGAUGACUCAAGUCAAAGAUCAAGUACAGAGUAUACAAAUUUCUCUGGAGAAGGUUAAAAGCAAGUCCGGAGGAAUUCCAAUGAAGGAGAGUGAUAGAACAGAUGAAAAUUCGUACUUAAAAGAACAAUUACUGAAGUCGCAAAGUUUGCUUAUCACAAAGCGAGAACAAAUCAGUACUUUGAGGACCGUAUUAAAAGCAAAUAAAGCCACGUAUGAAGUAGCGCUGGCUAAUUUAAAAAGUCGAUACGAGAACGAUAAAGCAGUACAAAUCGAAGCAAAUAGCCAGUUGAAACGUCAGAUAAAAUCUUUACGCUCUGAAUGCCAAACAUUUGCGUCGUUACGAAGUAUGUUUGCAAGUCGUUGCGAGGAAUACCUGCAGCAACUGGACGUUAAGCAGCGCACGAUCACUGCUGCAGAUGAAGAGAAGAAGACAUUAAACGCUCUUUUGAAACAAGCUAUACAUCAAAAGAUAGCACUGACGCAAAGAUUGGAGGAGUUUGAAAUUGCGCGCGAAAGGUUACGGCAGUUUACGAAAAAAAAUAUUAAAUCAUCCGGUAAAUCGUCUACAGGAAAAAACUCCACACCUGCGAAACCUGUAACGAGGGUGUAACGCCAGAACAAGAAUUAAACGGAGAAAGUUAUCAUCAACAAUUAAUCUAGAGUUGUAGUCGAGAUUUUUGGUGACCCGUUUAUUUAUUUAUCAAAUUGUUUAGUUUACCCAGCAUGCAAUUUUAUUUUCCCACAGUUCAGUGUUUCUUCUUAACAAAACUCCACAAAACUGUUUUUAACUUUACACAGAAAUUUGUUUAUAUUUUAACCUGAUAUUUAUUUGUUCAAAUUUAUUUGCCUUAUAGGUUCUUGUUUACACCUGCUUUUUUUGGCUGUCAUUCUUAUAUAUUUACUGUCAAACUCAGACUUGACAUCGGUCUUACGCUCCGUUAACAAAAUAACGCCAUGCAGGACAGGUGUAAAAUAACCAAUAAAGUAUUUUAGAAAAUAUUUUAGAUAAUAUUUUACGUUUUAAAUUCGGUCCAUUGUUUUGCAGUGAAAUGGUGGAAACAAUAUUUUAUUUCGAAUUUGAUAAAAGUAAAACAUUGGAGUGUUGAUUUUCGUAUAUACGUUUUUGUAUUUUGAAAAAAUCUGCUUUAUAAGUCUAAAAUUACAAACAAACAAGAUCUCUACUUUUUCUACAAAUACUUACUUUUACAAUGCAAUGACUUUAACAUCUAUUCUUCCGAUCUCAACAACAUUUAUGAGCAUCGGUAAACUCAUGGGGAUAAAAAUACCUUUAUACCUCCAUGGUAAACUUGACUAUUUUUUCAAUUUUUUGAAAACACGAGUAAGAACAUUUGAGACCGAGAAAUUGUAAUUGAAGUCUACAUUUAGUGUUAGCUGGAAUAUAAAUGUUCUUAAGAAAAUAUAAAGAAAAAGUAUAGUAAUUUUCAAUGGAAUAUCAGAAGCGUAAAAAUUAUGAUCACGAUAAAGAAUUUAGUCUAUCAAGUAAAACCUAUUGGCAAAAUUUGCUGCAGUAAGAAAAAGUAAGCAAUUUUUGUGGGAAUUUCAAUGAUCUCUUCCUAAAAGACUUUCCUGCCGAGAGAUGUGUAACCCUUGUAGAAAUAUCAAGGGUUCUGUCCUUCAUUCGUGUUUUAUAAUUCUUUCAGCUGUAUCAAAACACCCUCGUUUUCAGGGAUUUUGCCUUUUUGAUAUGAGAGAAGACGUCUAAAACUAUGUAAAAACAGCGUCCAAAAGUCCCUGGGAACGAGGGUGCUGUUUUAUAGUUAUUCAAUGGGGAAGAUUUGUAAUAAAUUAUUUUCUAGUCCGGAAGUUUGUGCUUCGUAAUUCGGAAAAGACCUUGCAACAUUCCUACUGUUAUAUCACGUGAUUAAAAAGCAAAAAAUUGAGUUUUCCGAUUUGUUUAUCAUAAAGCAUAUUUUAAAGUUGUAAUUUUUACUCGAACGAAUUUUACUUUUUAGAUAUAAUUAUAUAUUAUACAUAUAUAUUAUGGAAACGGAAAACUUUCAAUUUUCAUGUUGUGAAAGCUAUUUAGAAAAGAGGGAAUUCAAUUGGCAA